AUGGCUGCCUUUGGGAUGCUUCUUGUUGCAACACUGUUUCUUGUUCACCAGGCAGCGGGGGCGGCGAGGUGCUCCGCGCCGUCCACGUCGGCGAGCCUAGUCUGCGACGACUCGUGCAACGAAGUGGGCCGGUGCCCGACGAGCGGCGUGUGGCAACGCACGCAGAACUGCCAGGCGUCGGGCGGCGUGUGCCGCUACGUCUCCAGCGGCGCCGCCCUCACCGCCACCUGCGUCACCGCCACCUCCUCCGAAGCCACCAGCGGCUACUGCAACAGCCUGCACGCCAUCGACUGCCCCGCCGUCACCACCACCACCACCUUCCCCAGCCUCAUAGACUGCACGAGCUACUACGUGUGCAAACCUGGAGACUUGCGGAUAAGUCCUUCACAGUGUGGCGGAAGAUCGUUUAACUCAUGUACAGGGGGUUGCACCGAUUCUCUUACAAAUGGCGCUUGUCCAAACACCACGACCACGUACUGCACUUAUGUUGGUCAGGUUGGCAUCGCGCCGGGCAACGACGCCCUGCACUACAGAUGCGACGGCAGCCUGCAGCCCGCGUGGGAAGCGUGCGGCGCGGGCGAGCGCUUCAGCCUGGCCGCCGGCGCGUGCGUCAACGUGGGCGCGGUGGCUACGUGCACCGUGUGCGCCGGCGCGGCGACCGUGCCCAGCCCUCUCCCGCACUCGGGCUCCGUCUGCAGCUUCCUGUGGUGCCACGCGCGAGACAACUUCGAACUGAGGCGCUGCCUGCCCGGCUGGUACUACGUGCACUCGGAGCGGGGCUGCGUUUACGACAGAGGAAACACCGCCAACUGCUAG